AGCUUCUCCCGUGGCGACAACCGUCGUCGUUUCUGCUGUCCGUAUCUCACUCCGAUCUCUCGCACAAGCAUCCUUCCGCAUUCCGCGGAGCAUGCCUCCGCGCAAUCAAGGGGUCUGGGGAUGGGGAGAAGGGAAAGCCAGGACCGCUAGUGCGGAGAAUAGGAGAGGAAGGAGAAGAGGAAGAGGAGGAGUGGGAUGAGGAGGAAGAGUGGGAGGAUGAAAUAUACGGUUUAGACGAAGACGAGGAGAAUUUAGAGGAGGGAGAGCUGGAAGGGGAGGAGGGAGCAGAGGAGGAUGAUGAGGACGAUGCUGUUGUACAGAUGGCAGCAGCUGAUUGGGAGAGAGCAGCAAUGGCGGUGGUGGUGGAGGCGAUUGAGAAGCAGGAGAGGGACGAGAGCCGGCGCAAGGGCUGGCGACGCCGACGGGAGGUCACUGAGGAGGUACCGGAGCAUCUGCUGCCGCGAGUGGCCAUAGUGGGGCGACCCAACGUGGGCAAGUCAGCUCUCUUCAAUCGCCUUGUGGGGCGCAACAUAGCAAUAGUCCACGACGAGCCCGGGGUGACAAGGGACCGGCUGUACGCGCGUGCUCUCUGGGAGGGCCGCCAGUUCCUUCUCACCGACACCGGAGGCCUCAUGGACGCACCCAACGCUGCCGCUGCUGCUGCUGCUGCUGCUGCCGCUGCUACUAGUGGUGCUGCUAACGGUGGUGCUGCAGCUGCUGAUGGUGCAGAGGGUGUGGUUGCGAAGAGGGGAAAGGGCGGUAGAGGCGGGAGGGCAGGGCGCGGAUCAGCGUCCUCAGCCCUGCUCGCACUCGCCAAGGCGGAUGGCAUCGCUGUGAUUGGUGGCGGCGGGCGAUUGGCCAACGAGCGGGCGGCGAAGGAGGCUGAGGUGGCGGGUCUGCCGGAGCUGAUUGGGCGGCAGGCAGCUGCUGCCGUGGAGGAGGCUGAUGCGAUUAUCAUGGUGGUGGAUGGGCAGGCUGGCGCAACAGCUGCUGAUGUGGAGAUAGCUCAGUGGCUGCGGCGGCGCCACGUGGCGAGCAGCAAGCCAGUUUUCCUGGCAGUGAACAAGUGCGAGUCGCCCACCAAAGGGCUCCUGCAAACCGCCGAGUUCUGGUCUCUAGGCCUGACCCCGUUGGCAGUGUCGGCCCUCUCAGGCACGGGCACAGGCGACUUGCUGGAUGAGCUGAUGAAGGCGCUGCCGUCGCAGGAGGAACCCGGAUCUUCCACUUCUCUUUCCGCGAUCACCGGCAGUGACACUGCUGCUACCACACAGCUCGGCCGAGUGUCUCUGGCAAUAGUGGGGCGGCCCAACGUGGGCAAGAGCAGCAUAGUGAACGCGCUUCUGGGGGAGGAGAGGACCAUCGUGAGCCCUGUCAGCGGCACCACCCGCGAUGCCAUCGACUCCAAGUUCACCGGGCCAGAUGGACAGGAAUACACUCUGAUCGACACAGCAGGGGUGCGCAGGCGAGCAGCGGUGGCAGCAGGCAGCAGGGCGGAGGGGCUGUCGGUGAAUCGGGCGCUGAGGGCCAUCAGGCGGGCGGACGUGGUGGGGCUGGUGGUUGAUGCCAUGCUGUGCGUCACAGAGCAGGAUCUGCGACUAGCAGAGCAGAUAGAGAGGGAGGGCAAGGCGUGUGUGGUGAUUGUGAACAAGUGGGACACAGUACCAGACAAAGACGCCACCAGCACGUUGAGCUACACAGAGGACGUGCGGGGGAAGCUGCGCUCCAUGCCCUGGGCUCCCCUUGUCUUCACCUCUGCGACGACAGGCCAAAGGGUGGCAAAUGGGUGGGUACUAUACAAGUGGGACACCGUGCCUGACAAAGACGCCACCAGCACAGUGAGCUACACGGAGGACGUGCGGGGGAAGCUGCGCUCCAUGCCCUGGGCUCCGCUGGUGUUCACCUCUGCUACCACAGCUAUCACAGUGAGCUACACGGAGGACGUGCGGGGGAAGCUACUCUCCAUGCCCUGGGCUCCCCUGCUGUUCACCUCUGCGACCACGGGGCAGAGGGUGGCCUAG